AUGAGUAGUCUUGUAUCUAAAGCAAAUUAUCUGAGAAUAACAAUGAAGGUUGAAGUUGAAGUAAUCUCUAAAGAGAUUAUCAAACCUUCAAAUCCAACACCACACCAUCGUCGCCAUUACGAGCUAUCCCUCCUCGAUCAACAAUCUCCCAAAACCUACAACCCUUUAGUCUUCUUCUACGAACUAGAUGUUGAUUAUCAUCAACACCAAUCCAACCUCGAUGAAAUAUCAAACAAGAUUAAGAGCUCUUUAUCAGAGGCCUUGACCCUUUUCUACCCUCUAGCUGGGAGAGUCAAGAACGACCGAUUCGUCGACUGUAACGACGAGGGAGUUCACUACUCCGUCGCCCGAGUCAACUCGCCGUUUCAUAUUUCUGACGCCAUCGAAAAAGCUCCCCCUGGUGAACUCUGCAAAUUCCUUCCCUUUGGACUCCACCCUGUUAGUGACUUUUCACUAGGCGUCCAACUCAACAUCUUCGAACGCGGUGGAAUCGCCGUCGGUCUAUGCAUUUCGCAUCAGCUCACCGAUGCACUAUCUUGCAUCGUGUUCGUCAAAACUUGGGUCGCCAUUUCUCGCCGCGGUAAAGCUGAUGAUAGUGAUCAUCAAGUAAUAGUGAACCCUGAAUUUAAUUCGGCCUCGCUCUUUCGGCCUAAAGAUGAUCCUGAGUACGAUGGAGACGCCAACAUUUCAAAGAUGGUCGUGUCAAAAAGGUUUGUGUUUGAUGCCUCUGCUAUUGAAGCUAUUAGAUCCAAAUACGAUGAAGGAAGAACAACAAGCAUAGUUGAUGAUGAUGAUGCCAUUGAUCACCGUAAACGACCCACAAGAGUAGAGGCUUUAUCUGCUUUCAUAUUGAGUCGUUUAGUGGCCGUAACAAGUGAUGAACAUGCCCCAAAAUCCAAGAAAUCAUAUAUGGUAGUUCACGCCGUGAAUGCUCGUCCUAGAUUUGAACCACCACUUCCGGACCAUAGUUUUGGAAAUCUUAGUCGGUGUGGCUUCGGAGUUUUUUCCGGAGAAGAGAAAGGGUUUGAGGUGGUGAGGAAAAUAAGAAGGGGAAUAAGACAAGUGAAUAUGGAGUAUUUGAAAAAAGUACAACAAGGUUCAGAUUCACACUUUGAUGCCGUCGUAGGAUUUAUGAGAACUGCCAUUAUGGAAGGAGGACAGCCAACUUCGUUCAUCUUCACUAGCUUGUGUAGGUUUCCUCUUUAUGAUGCUGACUUUGGUUGGGGAAAGCCUGCGUGGGUCAGCUCAGCAACUUUGACGUAUAAUAAUCUUGUUGUGUUCAUGGAUACCAAAUCGGGUGAUGGAAUUGAAACAUAUAUUGGAUUGAAGGAGGAACACAUGGCUAAGCUUGAAGCCGACCACGACUUUCUUGAAGCCAUUUCAUCAGUUAGGGUUGCUAAUUAG